UCUAUUAUCUUACAAUUAUUAUUAAUAAGCAUUUUGAACAAUAAUGUCUUGAUUUUGCAUAUAUAAGUCUACCAGUUGUGACAAUGUAAAAUUAAUUCAUCUAAAUAUAAAGAUUAGGAAUAGAUUAAGUUCAAAAUUUUUGUAGGUUAAAACUUCGAACCGGUUAUGGGGCACCUAGUAUGGCUGCUUGCGGCAUUUUUCGCGUUGGCCGAGUGCGCGCCCCCUGGCAAACCGAACUUAGGAUGGGGCGAGCGGACCUUCGCAAUCGUCGAGGUUAACCAGGCAGCUACAGCGUACAACCAACUAGUCAAAAGGAAGGAAGCAGCAGAUGUCACCGUCACUUGGAACACGUGGUCUGGAGACCCAGCUACCAGCUCUAAAGUCCUCCUCGACGGGAAGGAGUUCUGGUCUGGAAGCGGAUCCGCAACGUCCGCGACCUUCCCGGUCAAGAAAGGAGGGAGGUACAUGAUGACUGUAGAACUUUGUAAUGCAGAUGGGUGCAGUUCGUGUGAACCAACCGAAAUCGUUGUCGCCGACACCGACGGAAGCCAUCUACCUCCCCUAGAUUUUUCCAUGGGAGAGAGGAAUAAGCCUUUCAAGCAAACUUCUGGAAAAGUUGUCGGAGCAUAUUUUGUUGAAUGGGGUGUUUAUCCCAGAAAAUUCCCAGUCGACCGCAUCCCUGUUCCAAAUCUCACGCAUUUACUGUAUGGAUUCAUCCCAAUUUGUGGUGGAGACGGUAUCAACGACAGUUUAAAAGAAAUUGAAGGAAGUUUCCAAGCUUUACAACGCUCCUGCAGCGGCCGUGAAGACUUCAAAGUUUCAAUUCACGAUCCUUGGGCAGCAUUACAGAAACCUCAGAAGGGGCUUUCUUCUUGGAACGAACCUUAUAAGGGCAACUUUGGACAGCUGAUGUCAUUGAAGCAAAGGAGACCUGACUUGAAGAUUCUUCCCUCAAUCGGCGGUUGGACCCUCGCUGAUCCAUUCUUUUUCUUCACUGAUGAUUCAAAGAGGCAGCUCUUCGUAGGCUCAGUGAAAGAGUUCCUUCAGACAUGGAAAUUCUUUGAUGGUGUCGACAUCGACUGGGAGUUCCCUGGUGGUAAAGGAGCUAACCCUGAUCUGGGAAGCCCAGAGGAUGGUAAAGUCUAUGUCACCUUGAUGAAGGAGUUACGUCAAAUGCUGGACGAGCUAUCGGUGUCAACUGGAAAGAAAUACGAAUUGACUUCGGCUAUCAGCUCAGGGUGGGAUAAAAUCCAGGUUGUAGACUACAGCAAAGCGCAGAAGUAUAUGGACCAUAUUUUCUUGAUGAGUUAUGACUUUAAGGGAGCUUGGUCCAACGACACUUUGGGUCACCAAACUCCUCUUUAUGCUCCUGCGUGGAAUCCAAAGGAGACUUACACAACUGACUUCGGCGUGAAAUAUUUGCUGGCUCAAGGAGUGAACCCGAAGAAGAUUAUCGUUGGUGUAGCUAUGUACGGACGUGGUUGGACCGGUGUCCAUGGAUACGAAGAUGGUAAUCCCUUCACAGGAAAUGCUACAGGACCUGUGAAAGGCACAUGGCAAGAUGGAGUCGUGGAUUAUAGGGAAAUUGCCAAUGAAAUUGCCGCGAAUAAAUGGGAGUUCCACUAUGACAGCGUAGCUCAGGCUCCUUACGUCUUCAGACCAUCGACAGGUGACCUUAUAACUUACGACAACGCAAGAUCGGUUAUUGAGAAAGGUAAAUACGUACGAGCCAACAAGCUCGGUGGUCUGUUCGCAUGGGAAAUCGACGCUGACAACGGUGAUUUAUUAAAUGCCAUGAACAUGGGCCUCGGCAACAAUCAGGCUUGAAUUGAUUAGCUCAAAACGGAAGGAUGAAUGUUUGUGUUGUAAAUGUGAUCGUAAAUAUAAGUUUGUUUUAAGAAAGGUCUCAAGUAGAUUGUACUCAUAGAUGUAUGGAUGUAAUUUAUAUUAAAGACUGGUAAAUUUUA